AUGGGCUCAUUUACAACUGCCCCCUUCAACGUCGCUAUCGUCGGCGGCGGAAUUGCCGGCGUGACAGUUGCCCUUGGCCUCCUCUCCCGAGGAAUUCCUGUCAAGCUCUAUGAACGAGCCGGAUGUUUUCACGAGAUCGGUGCCGGAAUCGGCAUGUCUCCAAAUGCUGAGCGAGCCAUGUUAAGCCUGGACCCGCGCAUCCACGCUGUCUUUCGUAAACUCGCCACCCCAAACACGGAGGACUGGUUCCAAUAUGUCGAUGGAUUCUACAACUCACAGAUCGGCGAUGGAGAGGAUCUUCUUUUCAAAAUUUAUUUGGGCAAUCGAGGAUUUGAGGGUUGUCGACGGUCGGACUUCCUUGCAGAACUCGCCGAAAUGAUCCCUGAGAACUGUAUCGAGUUCCAAAAGGAAGUCAUCUCCGUGACGGAAGCUGGCUACUCUGAUAAUGAGGGCGGGGUAACCGUUCUACAUUUUGCUGACGGCACGGUAGCGGAAGCUGAUAUUGUGCUGGGCUGCGAUGGCCUGCGCUCAAAGAUUCGCCAACUCAUUCUCGGAGUGGACAAUCCCGCCUCCCCGCCCUCCUACAGUCACAAGUUUGCCUUUCGUGGGCUCAUCCCUAUGCAAAAGGCAAGGGAAGCUCUAGGCCAGGACAAAUCAUCCACUCGAUAUAUGCACCUGGGCCACAAUGGCCAUGUGCUCACGUUUCCAGUUGCUAUGGGCACGAUCCUCAAUGUUGUGGCCUUUGUUACUGAUCCGGGAGAUUGGCCUAGCAAGGAGCGACUUACUCUACCAGCCAUCAAAGAGGAAGCGAUUCGUUACUUUACUGGCUUUGGUCCUGUCGUCACCUCCAUCAUGGAGAUGUUGGAUGACAAGCUGGAUAAGUGGGGUAUCUUCGACCUAUUCGAUAACCCAGUACCUUCAUAUGUCUCGGAAGGAGGUUUGAUAGGUCUUGUCGGCGAUGCGGCACAUGCCUCAGCCCCCCAUCAUGGUGCGGGUGCCGGGUGUGCUAUUGAAGAUGCCCUCGCCUUGGCAGUCAUAUUAGAAGAUGCCGUAGCAGUACUGCAAAACUCAUCUGAUGGUGCCCAGAGGAAAAGGGUUUUACAAGCUGUCCUCUCCACCUAUAACGAUGUACGCCACGAACGUACCCAAUGGCUUGUUCAGAGUAGUCGGUUUAUUGGUGAGAUGUAUGAGUGGCAGGUACCAGAGAUAAAUAAUGAUGCCAUUAAGGGUCUUGCAGAGGCCGAGUCGCGAUGUCGCAAAAUUUGGGACUAUGAUAUUGAUGCAAUGGUCAAAGAGGCAAGGGAGUUGUUUGCAGCAAAGAUUUGA